AAUGCUGUUAAAGUUGUGUUUUCUUACUUUGACUGUAGUCUUAUUUAUUCCUAAGGGAAAUUGUUUAUUUUCAAGCUCAUCUGAUAUAGGUUUAAAUGGUAUUAGGAAAGCACCGAGAUGGAACUUUCCAUUCCUCGGUUUCGGAUUAAGAUGUAACGGCUGCCCUCCGCGCGGCUGCGAAGACGACGAGGCGAUCAUCCACGGAUAUUGUUGCGGAUGUGCUUAUCCAUUAGACAAGCUGCCCGUGUUAUGUCCUCAGUUCCUGCAAUGUCCCCUCAACUUGCACGGUCUCUGCCACGACUAUGAAUACAUGAUGAGGUGUUGCUGCUAGCUUGUAUUUCCUCUUUGACUAGAAUGUUUUUAAACUUUUUGAUUAUUUUGCGUCUGUAAUGAUAUUUUUUGAGCUUGAUCACACGCGUGAUGUGAUUCUCGAUCAGACAGUAGAUGGCGUUGUAAUCAAUUUUUCACU